AUGACCGAUGAACUCCUGCAUGGGCGAUAUAAAGCUGACGAUGCACUCGUGGACGCACCUUGCGCGAGCAACAAUGGGGGCUUCGAUUUCGACGAGUGUGACGUGUUCGUGGACACAAUCAAGCCAUUUCUUGGACCCAGAUUGGAGAACAGAAUCCAAUCGGGGCUGGAUGCGUUCGUCUCCAACCCAAAUCGUUUUCCAUGUGUGAACAAAUGCCUGGACGAGGUCGCCGCGUGGUUUGACUACUUAGACUCGUUCUGCGCCAAGAAUACAGACGUACGAGAAGAAAUGAUCAAGAAGGCGAUCGAUUAUCUGGUCAAAAACGGCCUGGUGACACACUUAGCGGGUCCUGGCGUUCUUAAUAACGGGGUGAAUGGAACAGCGUGCCAGGAGCUCGAUUCUCUCGAGCAGGAUGUCUCGAAGAGCGCGAAGGUCUUGGAGUUCAUCAACGAGAAGGACUACUGGUCGUGUCAAAAUUGCACAAACACCACUGCGGUCUACACGAGCUUGAAACCAGCUCCAAGAGUCAAUACACGGAUUUGUAAACGUACGAUAGAAAACUACAGCAGCGACCUGGAAGUAGAAGUAGGUUCUAUCGCGAAGGGAUCUCGAGGACGUAGUAACAUACGCGGAAGACAUCGUAAUCGCCACGUCUGUGGUCAGAGAACACAGAGAUCUAUAAACACAGGACCAUCGGAAACACCAGCCUAUCAAUUAAUCCCCGAAUGCACUCUUGGUUCGAGUCACAUCUUCCCAGCUCCCCCAAGUCGAAAUGCAGUCAGAUUCGACGAGAUGGGAGCCCAGCCAGGAUCAGUGUCCUCGGAAAAGAAGCAUACCACGAUGUCGUGCGGCUGCAGUCAGACUAUUCCACGGAGAACCUCGAAAUUAAAAGUCGUCGUUCAUAAAACAACGAAUACCAGUUCUUCGAUGAUCCCGAAUUCUCCUAAACUAACUAGUCUGUCCAUACCCUGCAAGCCUAGCCACCUAAUUGUCCGCCUAUUCGAGGCAGACCCGUCGUUAUCGGACUCUUGCUUGAUCUUGAUGAAGAGAAAGUUCGAGAACAGCAUUCGUAACGCGUGUUCCUGCCUAAACGACAUCCUGAAGAGGCUAGACGACGCUGCGAUCAAAGAGCUGCGUCUAGGCUGCGAGAUACGAAGUGGUCGCAUCGAUUUGAACCUUCGACGUCCAAGAACGUCCAAGAAUCGAUUAUUCCUGGCUCGUCUUCCGACCUGUCGCACACUUCACAAACGUGACGCGCAUCGCAGGGCUGUUGACGAGUGCUCGCAGGUCCAGAGUAGCGAGUUUCUUCUCUCGAAAGACUCUGAGGUCUCCGUUUACUGCAAGGAUGCAGCAAGGAUCGACGAGAAAGAUGGCGAGGGAGAGAAGCAACACGUCACUUUCUACUCACCGUGUUCGAAUAACAGCUUGACGGAAGAGUCAGAAAGGAAAGAGAGGAGAGAGAAAGAUUCUUAUGUGAGGAUGAUGAGUCGGAAAGAAGUCGACUUCCUGUGGUCUAGGAAAGUGGUGGAACGAGGAAGGAAGGAAGUUGACUUCGUACUGCCUCCUUGUGUCACCAGGGUCCAGGAAAAGGAGAAUUCGGGGGUGUCUGGUGACGAGGAAAGCACCCAGGACGAAGAGGGUUGUAAGUUUGGAAACUCUGUUGCUUUUCUUGGAAGAAAAGAAGAGCAAGGCAGAGGAUGUCGAGAACCUUGUCAAACCGAACAAGUUGGUAAUCAAUCUCACGAAGAGGCUUGCGAUUGUGUCUUCAGGAACCCACACUUUUCUCUCGAAACAAGAGAAGUGGAAGAACCCUGUCAUCAUCGACCAUUUUAUAUUCAAUUGCCCAAGGAGGUUCGAGACUCCAGAAAGUCACACUUUUCUCUUCAAACAAGAGAACGCCAAGGUAGAGAAUUGGAAGAACCCGGUCACCAUCAAUCAUUCGAGUUCCAAUUGCACAAGGACGUCUGUAGCGCCAGGAACCCACUUUCUCUUGAAAGAAGAGAAGAAGAAUACACACGACUGGCAGAACUUCGUACAAUCGAUCGCGAUGACACAAAGGAAACAUGCGUGAAUCAAGCGAAUGCAGAUGUGAAAGCAGAGUCCUCUGAUUCGAACUGUGGUUGUUGCACCGACAGUCUGAAGGAGGACUCGCCCAAAGAGGUCUGCAGCCCCCAGCAAUGUUUCUGCUACGUUUUUUGUGCAGAUAACACGGAACUGGGAGGAAACAGCGAAGGGGCUGAUGGCGAGGAGCUGGAAAAUUUGGAAGUAAGUCGAGUGGAGAGCGCUCGUUAUUGUCGUUCGAGAGAAGACACGUCCAAGUCGAACGGGGAAGAUAUUUUGAAAGCGAGGGGUGUUUUUCAGACAGAGAGCAGCGUUCAGAUGAAAGGAGACGUCUUGGAAACAACCUCUAGAUUAGAAAGGAACAGUUUUCGAGAGAAUGAGUUGCAAACGAAAGAUGAUGAUUUGGUAAAAAAAAACAUUUCGGAAAAACACGAAGAAUAUAGUUUCGAUUCUGUUUGUCCCUCGACUUCCAAUAUUACCGAUACCAAAUGUUCCUGCUGCGGCAAAGAGCUUUCAGACUCGGAAGUCAUCGACAGUGAACCUGAAAAUUUCAUUGGUGUCAAGUCCAACAAAACUGUCCCUAAUAUUAAUGGCCUCGACGCGUCGAGUUUACGUUUGGAAGAGAAGAAAGAAGAGGAUUCGAAGUUUCAGGCUUCAACCUGUACACCGUCGAGUGCUAACGUGGAUGGAGUAUCGAAUCGUGGACCUCUCAGAACGUUUGUGUUGAAAGGUUCUCCAGGGAAACGUCCAGAAAUUGACGAUGGCAAUCGAAGAGCCGUGUCUACGUCCAGGGUGAAUACAGAACCGCUCACGCGUCGAUCGGACCCUUCCAGCGACAGGGAGAGCUACUCCGAACGAUUACCUUCACCGAAACUGAAGUCGAAGCACUCCACGCGCUUCCGGGCACGGCAGCCAUCGUGUUCCACGAAGAAUCUGAGGGGAUUCGACGUCAAGACCAAAGAAGACACCGUGGGAGAUCGUAAAUCGAAGGAAGAGAACGAUCUACCCGCCUUUUCCCGAUGCAGGAGUCGUUUCUGGAGGGGUUCGAUCGUUCCUGGGAAUCUGUGGUCCUUUCCAACGGCGUCCAUCGAUCGAAUGAAGCACCUGAUUCGCAAGAAGCUCCGCAGACUUUUGCUGGAGGAACGGGACAAGGGGACCAGCACGUCCAAGACGUUUCUGAAGAACGAGAGGUAUCUCGUAAGUAUUUCCAGUGGGAAGCUGAGCGAGGCUCGAAGGAGCUGUCCAGCUGACUCGUGCUCAAAUCGAUGUCCCUUCACGGCGAGAAACAGAGCCAGAAUGGACGAACCAGUGGAGACCUUCGCUGAAAGUGAAGGAAGGAAGAAGGGAAGGAAGAACGACGUUGAGGAAGACAGUGUCGAGAAACGAUGUCAGAGAAUCGACGUUCAGGGCGAUAAUGCUAAUAAGAUCAGGAUCUCUGACGCCUUGAGGCACUUGGGCCAAAAGCGUGAUUGCAGAUCGAGCGAUAGACGUGCAUCGAUCAACGAAAGGACAGCGUCUGCGGUAGCUGAACCAAGGACGAGGAUUAGGAAGGCCUUUGGUGGUAAUGGCUCCUCUGGGAGACGUUCCUUGGGAUCGACACAGCUACUAUUCGCUAAAGAUGAUACGAGACGAUGUUCUGGCGAUGUCAGCUCGCAGCAAAUGGCGGAUGGGAGGUUUAGGAGGCAAUUCAAUGGAGAUUUCGAUUUUAAACGGAGCUCGAGGAGACCUAGGGACUACUGUGGAUGCGAGGGGAUAAAUAGAAAUGCGUCGUGCAACGCGGAAGAUGGAUUGCGCUUCGACGAAUUAGGAUCGUUCGAGAAACGUUUGUUGUACUGUAGAGGAAAUCGUGACGAGGAUUUCGCGGAGUUUCUGGUCGAUUACGAGCGAUGCAUGAGCGACCUCAGCGCAGACUUCAGGGCGAAAUUGUUGCAAUACGUCGCUCUUUGUAAAAGCGUGAAAGACUCGUUGAUAAAGAGGCUACGGUCAGAUGACGUUUCCGAGGUCAGCUCGAGCUCCGUAUAACAAAGAUCGAUCGAUGACACACAUCGAUUACUCGAUUUUUAACACGAUGCACACGUAAUUCCUAUAGUAAGCAGAUACUUUAAAAAGGAUCUCUUAAGAAACAGGAAUAUUUGUUGGAAGAACU